CACUGGUUAAUGUGCCGCAUAUAAAAACGCGCUUGCUUGCUGUUGACAGUUGUUUUGUUAAGAUUGCAGUUUUAAGACUUUAUUAUGAGUGAGGAUACCGUACCACAAUUCGAGCUUGGUGAUGCACUCGCCAUGCGCUGCGGCAACACACUUACCGGAAGAUUUGUGCCAGGCGGCUCCAAAAUAGCACUGAGCGCUUACCGGCCGGUUAAAUGGAGUACACGUGACGCACCAAGCGAAACGGCUGGCGAGGGGGCGGUGCUGAUUUACAUGGCUCAGGAGACGACGCUCUACACGGAGCCGCUGCUUCGCAGUUUGCUGGCUGAGACAAAUGCCACAUUUGCAACGCUUCAAGCGCUUGGCCAGGGCUCAAAGGGAGGUCCAAAAAAGACAAUAGAAUACAUAAAAAUUUCGCGAACGUAUCGGAGCGUAAUUCGUUGCUGCCUAGAGAAACUGGAGCAAGCAAAGAAAUUGCCUGAAGUUCAAGAGAAUGAGUCUAGGGAACAACGCUAUACGGACGCCAUCAUGUCCUUUUAUGCCAUCGAGUGUCUGUGGCAUCUGUUCGAGAUACUUUACAUGCAACAGCAGCAUAGCCAACUGAUUGUCCCCCAACUAUUGGAAUGGACGCGCUUUCAUUAUCCCAAUACAGAAGAUCAUGCCACUGAUUUGUUGCUCAUGGCCGAGGAGGCCAGCGAGUGCGAUAGCUAUUGGGAUACAUUGAAAACGCUUAUAAUGCUCGGCCAACUAGAUGUAACACGUGCCAUACUCUCGCAGAAUCGCAAAUCUAACCAGCCCGCCUUCCAAACAGCUGAACAGGUGCUUAAAACUAUGCCGGUUUAUACAGAUGGCUAUGCAUUGCAAAAGUUUUGCUCCCAGUGGGAGUACUGGCAUGUUGAUUUGGAGCGAAAAUUGACUGCACAUGUAUUCGCCAGCGAGCCGCAGCUAGAACUGAUAAUGCACCUCGUUUCGGGCAGUAACGAGCAUUGGGAUGCGGCACUGCUCAAGUCGCAGGACUGGUAUGAAUUUUUGCCCGGCUAUCUGCUCUACACGAGGCCCGCAUGCAAGCCCUUUGAGCUGCGCAUAGCGGCCAGUAAUUGGCUUAACCGCUGGCUAGGGCUACGACCCGACUGGGAGAUGACACAAAUGAGUCGCAUGGUUAUGCAGCUGAUGGAGCACGAUGUCAAGCUCUUCAUCUACGAUACGCAAAAGCUCAACGACAGCCAUUUGUUUGCCACACAUCUUAUCGAUUUGAUCUACCACACGGGCCAGCUCAAGGCUUAUUUCGACCAACAGAAUGUCGACCUCUCCGCGUUGCGAAACUCGAUGAUCUUUGAGUACGGCAGCUUUUUAAUGACCUCGCACAAUCUCUGGCAGUUGGGCAUUGAUUAUUUAGACUGUUGCAAACAAGAGGGCAUUGCUGCCAUUGAGUUGCUGCUGCCACGCAUUCCACUAAAGAGCGAGCGCCAAGCCUUCAAGAUUAUAGCAAUGGCCAAGGAACGCGGCCUGGUCAACGUCGAGCAGGAUAUCUGUAAAGUGCUAUCGAAGCGCGCGUAUUCCGAUCAGCGAUAUGGCAGCGCACUGGAAUGGGCCGUUCGCUCUAAGGAUGUGUUAUUAGUCACAGCCGUAGCCGACUUUAUACUGAAGCACUAUUCUAGUACGGGCGUUAUGCUGUGUCCGGAUGUUAUAACGAGUAUUGGGGCGCGCAUGUUUGUCUCGCCCCGUUUGGUAUUUCUGUCCAAGUAUUUUGAGUUCUAUGAGUUUUACCGCCAACGCGACUUUCUUUCCGGUGCCGAGCUGCUCAUCAACCUGCUCGCUUCGAAAAUCACGCCUGAUUAUUUUUGGCCCUCGCUGCUCAUUGAUGCCUUGCCGCUGCUGGAGUCUGAAGAUCCAAAGAUCUUCUGCAAGGAAACUAUUGCUAUAUUACAGCAUCUCGAAAUGGAGCUAGUGCCUUUAAUAGAGCGCAACAAACUAAACACUGCCAAGUUUAAUAAUCAAACAUCUAAGACCGUGUUCCAGGACUACCGCGUAGAGAAUGUUGAGGAGAUACUGGAUCUGAUGCGUUUGGCAUGUGCCCGAAAUCUGUCCAGAGCUAUGAUUAUUGAGAAUACAGCACCCGCAACGUGAUUUUUAAGCAAACUUCUUUUGUAGUUUAAUUUAUUUUAUAUUUUCGCUUUUAAAUACAUCGUAAUCGUAAUUUGUUGUAAA